UGGAAACGAGCAAAAACAGCAUCAUUCACUCAGACCUCGCCCACUCCUUGUUGGCGGGACCUCAGCUGCAGGCCGCCCUCUCGACUGUCUGGGAAGAUGAGUGCCUGCGGGAGGAAGGCCCUGACCCUGCUGAGCAGCGUCUUUGCCGUCUGUGGCCUGGGGCUCCUGGGCAUCGCGGUCAGCACCGACUACUGGCUGUACCUGGAGGAGGGUGUGGUCCUGCCCCAGAACCAGAGCACGGAGAUCAAGAUGUCCCUGCACUCCGGCCUGUGGCGGGUCUGCUUCCUCGCAGGAGAGGAGCGAGGACGCUGCUUCACCAUAGAAUAUGUGAUGCCUAUGAACACUCAGAUGACGUCCGAGUCCACGGUCAGCGUUCUAAAAAUGAUUCGCUCGGCCACACCGUUCCCUCUGGUCAGCCUCUUCUUCAUGUUCAUUGGGUUUAUCCUGAGCAAUAUCGGACACAUCCGUCCCCACAGGACGAUACUGGCCUUUGUCUCUGGCAUCUUUUUCAUCCUCUCAGGCCUCUCUCUCGUGGUGGGCCUGGUGCUCUAUAUCUCCAGCAUCAACGACGAGAUGCUUAACAGGACCAAGGAUGCGGAGACCUAUUUCAGCUACAAGUAUGGCUGGUCGUUUGCCUUCGCUGCCAUCUCCUUCCUUUUAACAGAGAGUGCUGGGGUUAUGUCUGUGUAUCUGUUCAUGAAGAGGUACACCGCCGAGGACAUGUACAGGCCUCACCCUGGCUUCUACCGCCCGCGUCUGAGCAACUGCUCUGAUUACUCAGGCCAGUUCCUACACCCAGAUGCCUGGGUCCGGGGCCGCAGCCCCUCCGACAUCUCCAGCGACGCCUCCCUGCAGAUGAACAGCAACUACCCAGCUUUGCUCAAGUGCCCCGACUACGACCAGAUGUCAUCUUCCCCCUGCUGAGCCUCUCCACCUCCCUCCCUGGACUGUGGACAGCCAGAUAGCCUCUCCCGUGCUCCCCUGCUGGCCCGUGAGUCCCAGGCCUAUGAUUGACAGGCCUGGGCUGCCCCCAUGCUUAGCUGUUGUCUCUUGACCCAUGUUGUCUCCCAGAUUCCCCAAAAGUAUCUCUUACUGCCCCAUGGUGUCAGGAGUCUGGAGCCAGCACGCAAGCUGAUUGGCUGAGAACAUGGGUGUAGUCCCACCUCUUGAGUGCCAAUCAUUCCAGCAGCUCUCCCCUUUCCUGGGAGAGGUGGGUGUUCCAGCUGUGUUUUUGUCCCUGCACACCCAGCUUCAUGGCCCCAGGCCAAGGCCAACUCUGAGAUGCCAAGUUCCUUAUACAGACCCAGCUGGACUUGUGUGCCUGCCAACUGGCCUGGCCCUCACAUUCAUGGUCUUGGCCAGAGUCACCAAAAGGGACUCUGCUAUGGAGGUCUGGCUGGUUCAGAAUUGUCACGCAGUGUUCCCUGUGAAAUCUUAUUCUUUUUGUCACCCACGUCCCUGUCUGUGCUCUCCACCCCGCCUUGGCCCCACAGGCUGUGAACCUGUCCCCUUCUCCUCCCACUGGAACUCAGCUGCCCUACCUUGCUUGGUCCCUGAGGGACUGAGGGGUUCUGAGGCCACUCUGAUGAAGUCACCAAGCGGUGUUAAUGGCUGAUGAUGUCUUAAUAUGUAUGGCCCCUCGAUAACAUAUUUAACAGGGGUCUUUAAUGCCUUAACCCAAAGAAGUGACUCUGACCAUGAGACAUUCAGAAUCUGGCUGGUCCAAGUUAAUAUUCCCAGGCACUGUUUCAGACCCUGGGGAUACUGUUCCUGCUCGUGUGGGCAACAUUUCCGAUCCAAGGCCCUAAAAUCAAAUCAUGCAGACAGAUGUCUAUACCACCUAAGCCUAAAGCAGCUUUCGGAGAGGCUGCCUGGGAUUUUGAGCUGGAUUUGCUGACACCUGGUGCAUUUUUAGUCUAAACCAGCCAGACUGGGAAGGAGCCAGCCACUCUUCUGAGGAUGCCAUGAACAUAAGAGGGGUGGGGGGAUAAUUUAAUUCUAAUAUAGGGCGGUGUCUGCUACCUGGGUGUGUGACAUAUGUAGGCAAAUAGAUGCCUCCAGAAGAUGAGACAACGUGAUGCCCAUUUUCCUAACAGGAAACCUGAACUGCGAUGCACAAGCCCCCUCCAUGAAGUCCACGGGGCAGAAAACGGUGGAAGGGCCACUGCAGGACAUGACCCUCUUAGUUCUGCAGGCUUCUUCUCAGCUUGUGCAGUUUGGGUUUUGAGAUUUUUGACUAGCAAACAACGCUGGGCGCUCUCUGCUAUGUAUUUUUGCCACGCCAGCUUUUCUCUCUUUCUUUUGCUCUCGUGAAGAUAGCGUUAGGACCUGGGUACACAAAGCCACAGUGGGCAACUCAUGGGCUCUGAGAAGCAGUACAGAAACCCCCACAUGUGGCGUGUGCAGCUUUUAGAGAAGGGCAGUGUAUUUAUUGGCUUGAGCUGUCGUAACAAAAAUGCCACAGACUGGGUGGCUUAAACAACAGACUUUUUUUUCUCACGAUCUGGAGGCUAGAAGUCCGACAGCAAGGCGUCAGCAGAUUUGGUUUCUUCCGAGGCCUCUUUUUUUGUUUUGCAGACUUCGCGACGUGUCCUCGCGUGGUCUUUAUUCUGCGCGCGUACACACCCCUGGUGCCCAAAUUCCCUGUUAUCAAGACACCACUCCCAACCCUCGUGAUUCAUCCUCGUGUAGAAAACUCCAGGUUGCCCUCAUAUGUGACUUUUCAACCCUUGCCUGUAAGCCAGUAGCAAGUGUAAAGCCCCAACUUUCCACUCCAUUGGCACCUGCAAUGACUCUUGUACCGUUUGGUUACUGUUUACAGAAUAAUACAAAAACGGCGUUCUCCCCGCAGCAAAGAAAUUGGUGAGUGUCCUUGGAAACGAUUAGGUAGCUUUUCCAAACUGGAGAGUUGUUUAGAUGUGUUCUACUCCAAUUGUUGUCGAUGUAAUUAGCUCCUAGGAUGCACUUUUCUCUCCCUUUAAAGCACUCUUUCUCUGUCAGUGUGCCAGGCUUGUUUUUAUGCUCAUGGAAAACAAUAGAAUCCACUCCUCAACACAAGCGGGCUGUUGACUGUGACAUCAUUAGGAUGGGCCUUUAUUGGCCUGGAUGCUAAGCUGCUAAAUCAAGUGGCUUUUACCCUGGGCACGUGCAAUGCACACUUAUCUUAGGAACAGGUUCUGGUCAUUGUCCUCCCUCGUGGGGGAUGGGUGAAUGUAUCAAUCACUGUGCAGCCAUUGGAAUUUCCUUUCUGUCUAGAAAGUGAUCUCAGAACUGGACCCUAUUUGUAGCCUCUCCACAAUCAAAAGGUGUUGGUUUGGUGUUUGUUUUUUUUUUGAAAUCAAAUAUUAAAGUGUAUAAACUCAACUCAGAAAUUAUACGUUAGGGCCCCUUCCCCAAAACAUUUUCUGAUCUUUUGUUUCUCAAGCACUUAAAAACACAUUGAUGAGCUCUUUUUUUUUUCACCCUCAAAAAAAAUGGGAGAGGAGAUUAAUAUACCACAGUCUGAUGAAUUA